UGUUAUAAACAUCAGAGAUGUAGUUACGGCACUGUAUACUUGAUACUGAUGAAUAAUUAUGUUAGAUUUUUUAAAAAGUUUAAAUGUUCUAAAAUAGGUACAAUAUUAUAACCACGUUAAUAAUGUUUGUAAGAAACCAAACCGUUUGUAAACCGUUUGAAAAUGUAGCAAGUUAUGGUUAUUUAAAAAGUACAUGUACCACUACCAACACAAUGUUAUGGGUGAGCAGCUGACUGGCAAGAUGUCCGCAAGUGCGGACAUUCUAGACGCCGCCGUAAGACAGCUAGUGUUCUAUAUAUCUACGCACGUAGGUGAAGGCUUUUAUUUUGAAAACGUUGCGAGAUACCAACCAAAGGAUGUUUAGAGUAAAGGCGCACGAAGAUUUUGUGUGACGGCUGGCUGAACCGCGGAUGAACGAAUGGCGGCUCACUUGACCGCAGUGCUGAGAGGGGCGGCUGAAAGUCAAACCGGUUCAGCUCACUUCCUCAUAAGUUUGUCGCAGCUUGGAGCCUUUCUUUCUCCGCGUUUUAAACCUUUCACCUGAUUAACUUUUUAAAGGUUUAAGUGUUUUAUAAACACUUUAACCUCAGUUUUUUCCCUUACAUUUAUACUUGUAUUACUUUAUACCGUAUGGACGCAUUUUAAUCACGGAAUAGAUAGGCUACGAUAAGGUCUCCAGUCUACUAUGGAUGAGGAGAGAGAAGAGGGGGGUCCUACCUCUAAGACCACUCUGUCUGGGGAACAUGGCCGCCGGAGCAAAGCUAAGAGCCCAGAGAAGCAGGAGAGAACAGACCCCCCUGGACCCAGCUGUGUCUCCAUGAAGAGUGGCUGGUCUAUGGAUAUACCUGUUACCAUUAAAGAUGGACGCCCCUCCAGAGAGGAGAGCCCAGAGCAGCAGCAGAGAACAGACUCCCCUGGACCCAGCUGUGUCUCCAUGAAGAGUGGCUGGUCUAUGGAUAUACCAUUGGUGUUUAAAGAUGGACGCCCCUCCAGCGAGGAGAGACACCAGACGACGUCAAAGGUUACCAGUGCUCAGUCUCUGCAGCAACAUCAAACAGAGCUGAUCAAGAGGGCUGAGGAGAACGCACACGCUUUUCUAGACAAGGAGCUGAAGAAGCUCUGGAGGGAUCUCUUCUCAGAUUACCCACAAUGCUCAGAGAGUCAGAGGGAGGAGGAGGAGGAGGAGGUGGAUGAUAAGAAGGAGGAGCAGAGGAGGCGCGCCAUAGAGGGAGUGGUGGACAUCACAAUCCUCUGCCUGAUGGAGAUGAACCAGGAGGAACUGGCCGACAAACUGUGGGGCGGAGCUGCUGCUGUCGAGUGCCAACAUAAAAUCAAGUCUCAUUUGAAGAAGAAGUUCUGGUGUGUGUUUGAGGGAAUCGCUAAAGCAGGUCAUUCAACACCUCUGAAUGAGUUCUACACAGAGAUCUUCAUCACAGAGAGAGGCAGUGGAGAGGUCAACAAGGAACAUGAGGUCAGACGGAUUGAAACCGCUUCCAGGAAACCAGCCAAUGAAGGAACACCAAUCAAAUGUGCCGACCUCUUUAAACCCUUACCUGGACACGAUCAACCAAUCAGGACAAUAAUGACAACUGGAGUGGCCGGUAUUGGUAAAACCAUCUUAACACACAAGUUCAUCCUGGACUGGGCUGAAGAACAAGCCAACCACGACAUACACUUUACAUUUCUCCUCACUUUCAGAGAGCUGAAUUUACUGAAAGGAGAACAAUUUAGCUUGGUGGAACUUCUUCAUCACUUCUUUAUUGAGACCAAAGAAGCAGGAAUCUGCAGAUACGACCGGUUCCAAGUUGUCUUCAUCUUGGAUGGACUGGAUGAGUGUCGACUUCCUCUGGACUUCCAGAACAACAAGAUAUGGAAUGAUGUCACAAAGUCCACCUCGGUGGACAUGCUGCUGACAAACCUCAUCAGGGGCCACCUGCUACCCUCUGCUUGCGUCUGGAUAACCACACGCCCUGCGGCAGCCAAUAAGAUCCCUGCUCAUUGUGUUGACAUGGUGACAGAGGUGAGAGGGUUCACCGACCAACAGAAGGAGGACUACUUCAGGAAGAGAUUCAAAGAUGAGACGCUGGCCAGCACAAUCAUCACCCAUGUCAAGAAAUCACGAAGCCUCCACAUCAUGUGUCACAUCCCAGUAUUCUGUUGGAUCACUGUUACAGUCCUGGAGGACUUCUUCAAAACAUCCCAGAUAGGAGAAGAGACGCCCAAGACCGUGACUCAGAUGUACAGCCACUUCCUGAGGGUUCAGUCCAUACAGGGGGACAGGAAGUAUCGUUUGUUAACUGAAACAGACACAAACUGGACUGCACAGAGCAGGGAGAUCAUUGUUUCUCUGGGAAAACUGGCUUUUAACCAGCUGGAGAGUGGCAACCUGAUCUUCUACGAGGCAGACCUGGUAAAGUGUGACAUUGAUAUCAGAGCAGCCUCAGUGUACUCAGGAGUGUUCACCCAGAUCUUUAAAGAGGAGUGUGGGCUGUACCUGGACAAGGUGUUCUGCUUUGUCCAUCUGAGCCUCCAGGAGUUUCUGGCUGCUCUUUAUGUCUUUUGGUCCUUCAUCCACAAUGGUGUCAAUCUGCUCUCAGAAGAACCACCAACCUCCAGUGAAGAUGAACUCCUCCUCUACCAGAGUGCUGUGGACAAGGCCUUACAGAGUGAGAACGGACACCUGGACUUGUUCCUCCGCUUCCUCCUGGGCCUCUCUCUGGAGACCAAUCAGAUUCUCCUACGAGGUCUGCUAGGACAGACAAGAAGUAGCUCACAGACCAACAAGGGAACAGUGUCUUACAUCAAGCAUAAGUUAGAUGGUAAUCUCUCUCCAGAGAGAAGCAUCAAUCUGUUUCACUGUCUGAAUGAGCUGAACGACCGUUCUCUAGUGGAGGAGAUCCAACAGUCCCUGACAUCAGGAAGUCUAUUCAAAACGCAUGUGUCUCCUGCUCAGUGGUCAGCUCUGGUCUUCAUCUUACUGACAUCAGAAGAGGAGCUGGACGUGUUUGACCUGAAGAAAUACAAAGCUUCAGAGGAGGGUCUUCUGAGGCUGCUGCCAGUGAUCAAAGCCUCCAAAAGAUCACUGUAGGUUUACUUAUAAUAAUGUAUGACAAUACACAACACAAUAUACCUGAUAGUAGAAUAUAUAAGUUAUAACUAACAAAACAUAUCUGUAGGUUCACUAAUAACAUGUAUUACAAUCAACCCACUAACCCACUUUUCUAAUAAAGAUGGAAGACAAUAACUUAAUUACGUUAAAAGUAAAAGUUACGCAGAUUAUUAAAUUAACAUUUAAGGAUCUAAUGGAGUUCAAUUAAUAAAACAUAUCUUAUUAAAGCUUUUAUAACUUUUAGCCAACAAUGUUAUAAUUUAUUCCGUUAUUGGCUGGUUAUUACGUUAUUGGCUUUGUAUAAAAAAUAUUUAGAAAAUGUAAUAACUGAGCCAAUAAUGCAAUAAAUUAGGUAUCUCUUUAUUUUAUUUUCAAUUUCUGGAGAGAAUUUGUCACACUUACCGUAUUUUCCGGACUAUACGUCGCUCCCGAGUAUAAGUCGCAUCAGUCAAAAAAUGCUCCAUGACGAGGAAAAAAACAUAUAUACGUUGCAUCGGUGUACAAGUCGCAUUUAUUUUUAAACAUUUAAACAAGAACGUUUAGUCUGGAGAGACUGAAUGAAAUUGCAAUAGCAAUAUAGGUGUGUCGGUCCCUCGUAGUUCUGAGAGUAUACCGAAUUCAGUGACACCGGGAUUCCACCGGACGCGUAUGCGCCGCGGUCAGAUGCCUUCACAAUUCCAGCGGAGGGCUCCAGUUUUCGCCGGCCAAGUCAUGCGCUGUGAUGUGUGACAGCUAUGUUGCACAAAAUUGCAGCUAAGGCUGGGGUAGCUUUGGUUGAACCAGAGGACAUUGAGGACGAGAAUAUAAUUUAUUCGGUGGUGCAGUAGGCUUGCAGCGUUCAGUUGUAGGCCUAAUGAAUGACGGUGCCCUCUUGCGGCCGAGGAUUAUGUACGCACAAUUUUGGCAUAUAAGUCGCUUCGAAAUAUAAGUCGCAGGGCAAGCCAAACUACAAAAAAACCGCGACUUAUAGUCCGGAAAAUACGGUAGCCUUAUUAUUGCAUCUUGCUUAAAUAUCUGACCUAACAGUUACCCCUCCACCCUCAUACCCCCUCCAGAGGAUGCCUUAAAGGAGCAAAGAGUGAAUUUGGAUUUAUACGUUACUCUUAGGGUUCUGUUAUAAUAAUAGUAAGCAGCCAAUAACGUAAUAAGUUAUAACAUUAUUGGCAAAAAGUUAUAACGGUAUUGGCUCAACAACUUUAUUACAUUGUUGGCUAGUUAUUAAGUUAUUGGCUUUAUUACAUUUACAUUUUUAUGUUAUUGGCAUUUAUUACUUAAUUGGCCACUAUAACGUUAUUGGUUGCUACACACAUCCUCCAUUAAGUUUAAAGUAAAAGAUGUGGGUCAUUCUAAUCACAGUCCCUAACAUAUUGUGUUAUGUG